UACGUCCUCACCCUCCUCACCGACCAGCCCCACCACGCCCGCAUGACCGCCCUCCGCAAGCAAUACUUCCCACCACGUCUCAACAAGCUCAGCGCCCACAUCACCCUCUUCCACGCCCUGCCAUCGCACAAGCUGGCCUCGUCCGUCCUCCCGGCCCUGGAGCGCGUCGCGGCGCAGACGACGCCGUUCGAGGUGUGCGCCACGGGUCCCUUUCGUCUGCGCAGGGGGAUCGCGAUCGGGCUUGCUGGCGAGGGGCGGGCGAAGGCGGGCGAGGUGCAUGGGCUGCUGCAGAGGGAAUGGAGGGCGGAAGGGUGGUUGAGCGUGCAGGAUGCUGCGGAGGGGUGGAGGGGCCAUUAUACGAUCAUGAACAAGGUCGAGGACGAGGGCGAGGUGGAACGGGCGCUGGGAGAGGUGAGGAGGGGGUGGAAGGGGGAUGAUGUUGGCCGGGCGGAGGGGUUUGGGCUCUGGAGGUAUGAGAGGGGGUGGUGGGUUUGGGAGAGGAGGUUUGCUUUC